CCAUUUUAUAUUAGUUCUUUGAUGUGUGAAUUUCUAUUAGUGCAGUUUAAGAGAAUCAUUUUUUCUUAAUUUCAAGUAAACAAGUAAAUCUUGAGCAGCAAACAACAAAAUGAGUGGAGGUGGGAAUAAUUCUGCACGACCACCACCAAGAAUUGAUGGAAUGAUUUCCCUUAAGGUUGAUAAUUUGACAUAUCGUACUACACCGGAGGAUUUGAGACGUGUAUUCGAGCGAUGUGGUGAGGUUGGAGAUAUCUACAUACCCCGUGAUCGAUAUACUCGUGAAAGUCGUGGUUUCGCAUUUGUUAGAUUUUACGACAAACGUGAUGCAGAGGACGCAUUAGAGGCUAUGGAUGGCCGAAUGCUUGACGGUAGGGAGUUACGUGUACAAAUGGCUCGUUAUGGUCGUCCUACUUCCCCAACACGACGAACAAAUAACAGACGUGGUGGCGGUGGCGGUAGACGCCGUUCUCGUUCACCUGCACGCAGGCGAUCUCGUAGUCCACGACGACGAUCAUAUUCGCCACGUUCAAGAUCUCGUUCAGCAGGUAGUCGUUCACCUGCUCGUCGAAGCAAAUUUUCACGAAGUCCAGUUGGUCGAAAGUCACUAAGCCGUAGUCAAAGUCGCAAUGGUGUAGCUGGACGUAGUGUUUCACGUAGUCGCAGCCGCUCUUAAAUUUCUAACAAAGUCAUUGAUUUAAUAAAUCAGAAUUGCCCAACAUAGUGACCAGUAUGCAUUAAAUACUUUCAUGUGUUGAUUAGCGGCGACUUCAUAUAAAAACGCAGUCUGCGUUUAAUGCUGCUAGAUCAACAGGUACAGCCUUUAAAUAUUUCAAUUGUAGCACUACAAAAACACAAAAAAUUAAUGAAAGAUUGUGGAAGAUAAGAUAAUCAGGAAAAUUAAACGUGCCCCUCAUAUCUUUCUUUUAAAUCUCCCUAAUUUCAUAGAUAUCUCGUUUAACGCAAAUCACAUUAUGUCCGUAUUUCCAUAUUACACCAAAAGCUAAUGUUAAUUAUUUCAAUUAUCAAUUCUCUCUUUGAGGUGUGUAGAAAUACAUAAUAACGUAUGAUUACCCAAAAUAUAAAAUAUGUUUAGACUACAUUUGGUAGAAUGCCAUUAUUAUAUAAGAUUCAUGAGCGAAAAUUAAAUGUGGUCUGGAAAUCUAUAA